AUGGACAGUCAAGUGGAGUGUUUUAAUGUUUGGCUGGGCCACACUGCUAAAUACAUCAUUUAUUGGCUUAAGGACAGUCAAGUGGAGUGUUUUAAUGAUUGGCUGGACCACACUGGUAAAUACAUCAUUUAUUGGCCUAAGGACAGUCAAGUGGAGUGUUCUAAUGAUUGGCUGGGCCACACUCCUAAAUACAUCAUUUAUUGCCUUAAGGAUAGUCAAGUGGAGUGUUUUAAUGAUUGGCUGGGCCACACUGCUAAAUACAUCAUUUAUUGGCUUAAGGACAGUCAAGUGGAGUGUUUUAAUGAUUGGCUGGGAGACACUGCUAAAUACAUCAUUUAUUGGCUUAAGGACAGUCAAGUGGAGUGUUUUAAUGAUUGGCUGGGAGACGCUGCUAAAUACAUCAUUUAUUGGCUUAAGGACAGUCAAGUGGAGUGUUCUAAUGAUUGGCUGGGCCACACUGCUAAAUACAUCAUUUAUUGGCUUAAGGACAGUCAAGUGGAGUGUUUUAAUGAUUGGCUGGGCCACACUGCUAAAUACAUCAUUUAUUGGCUUAAGGACAGUCAAGUGGAGUGUUUUAAUGAUUGGCUGGGCCACACUCCUAAAUACAUCAUUUAUUGCCUUAAGGAUAGUCAAGUGGAGUGUUUUAAUGAUUGGCUGGGCCACACUGCUAAAUACAUCAUUUAUUGGCUUAAGGACAGUCAAGUGGAGUGUUUUAAUGAUUGGCUGGGAGACACUGCUAAAUACAUCAUUUAUUGGCUUAAGGACAGUCAAGUGGAGUGUUUUAAUGAUUGGCUGGGCCAUACUGCUAAAUACAUCAUUUAUUGGCUUAUGGACAGUCAAGUGGAGUGUUUUAAUGAUUGGCUGGGCAAUUCACCGGACCUAAACUCAACUGAUAACUUAUGGGUUACUAUGAAACAAAAAUUACGUAACUUGGACACUUCUUCUCUACCUAAGGUCAAGGCAGCCAUUUGUGAUAAUAUGGACAAAUGUAGACCCCACUAG